AUGAAGUGGCUUGUGCUCCUCGGGCUGGUGGCCUUCUCAGAGUGCAUAGUCAAAAUACCUCUAAGGAGAGUGAAGACCAUGAGAAAUACCGUCAGUGGGAAAAACAUGCUGAACAAUUUCCUGAAGGAGCAUGCUUAUAGACUGUCCCAAAUUUCUUUUCGUGGCUCAAAUCUAACUACUCUCCCACUGAGGAACAUCAUGGAUAUGCUCCACAUGGGUACCAUAACCAUUGGAACACCGCCUCAGGAAUUCCAGGUUGUCUUUGACACAGGCUCAUCUCUUUUGUGGGUGCCCUCUGUCUCUUGCAAGAGCUCAACGUGUUCUACACGCCGUAGGUUCAGACAUCUUCUGUCUUCCACCUUCCGGUCUACCAAUGUGAAUUGCAGGAUCACCUACGAAUCUGGGAGAAUUAAAGGAAAAGUUGUUCAUGACACAGUUCGGAUUGGUGACCUUGUAAGCACUGAUCAGCUGUUUGGUCUAAGCAUUGAGGAAUAUGGGUUUCAGGGCCUACCUUUUGAUGGCAUCUUGGGCUUGAACUACCCAAACAUAUCCUGUCCUGGAGUCAUCCCCGUCUUUGACAACCUGAUGAAACAAGGUGCCGUUGCUGAGCCUGUUUUUGCCUUCUACUUGAACAAAAGCAAGCAGGAGGGCAGUGUGGUGAUGUUUGGUGGGGUGGACCAACGCUACUACGAGGGGGAGCUCAACUGGAUACCAUUGAUCAAACUGGGCAGCUGGACUAUACACAUGGACCGCAUCUCCAUGAGAAGAGAGGUUAUUGCUUGUUCUGAUGGCUGCGAGGCCAUUGUUGACACCGGGACAUCAGCAAUCAGAGGCCCAAGAAGACUGAUCAAUAACAUACAGAAGCUCAUUGGCGCCAAGCCACGGGGUUCCCAGUACUGCGUUUCAUGUUCUGCGGUCAAUACCCUGCCCUCUAUUAUCUUCACCAUCAACAGCAUCAGCUACACAGUGCCAGGUCGAGCCUACAUCCUCAAGGAUUCUAGGGGCCGCUGCUAUUCCACCUUUAAAGAGCACACUGUGAGUUCAUCUACAGAGACCUGGAUCCUGGGUGAUGUCUUCCUGAGGAUGUAUUUCACGGUCUUUGAUCGAGGAAAUGACAGGAUUGGCCUGGCACAGGCAGUGUAA